CUGAAUUUCGUGGGCAGAUAUUGUAAAGUAUAUUAAAGAAAAGUUUUCGUUAUGCGUAGUGAAGUUCAGUUUUAAGUAGAUAUUUUUUUUGAAACAAGAAUAUUAGGAGAUAUGGAAACAGAUUAUAAGUCUCGAAAGCAAGUAAAUAUUGACCAAAUGCAGGCGUUGAUAGGUUUUCUUAAAGAACACCCAGAGUUAGCUAAAGGCUUGAUAAGAGGUAGAAGGGGCAAGCUUCAUACCCUGAAAUUGUGGAAUCUCUGUGCCAAGAAACUUAAUCUUAUCCAGAAUGGAGCUGUUAAGGAUGGGAAGGGAUGGUCAAAGUAUUGGUGUGACUGGAAGUACAGGGUUCGCAGGAGGACUUUGGAGUUGAAGGCUGCUAAGGACAGCAAUCGCCCUCCACCUGAUGGAGUCACGCCUCUGUCCUAUUUGGAAGAAGAUAUACUGGAUAUUAUCGGAGAAACCAAUGUGGAAGGAGUCAUCAUUAAAUGUGACCCUUUGGGCGAUGGGGAUACAGAUAAUGAACCAGAAUCAAACGAUGUCAAUGUAUCAGUUAGUCAGGUUCCACAGCCAUCAAUCAACCAAACGAAAUCUUCUAGAGUUCGUAAAAGGCGACAUUCUUCAUUGGAUAUCUUUGAUGUGGAUGACAAUAUAGUUAGCAGUUCACCUGAAAUUAAACCAAAGGUUAUGAAGAAAGAAAAUACCAAUAACACAGAUAUGGAUGAAGAAACUUCGGAGUUCCUACGCUUAGAACGGCAAAAAUUAGACAAUAGUAAAAAAAUGUGCGAAACUAUACAAGCGAUGGCCUCAGAGAUAACUAGGCUGGCGGAUGUUAUGACUCAUAUUAGAGAUGUUUUGAUUAAUGGCAGAGUUAAUAUAGCAUGA